AUGGCUGACGAGAACCUUGACGUUACCUUCGAGUCGGCGGACGCCGGCGCGUCCACCACCUACCCCAUGCAGUGCUCUGCUCUGCGCAAGAACGGUUACGUCGUGAUCAAGAACCGCCCCUGCAAGAUCAUCGAUAUGUCCACCUCCAAGACUGGCAAGCACGGUCACGCCAAGGUCCACCUUGUCGCCACCGAUAUCUUCACCGGCAAGAAGCUUGAGGAUCUGUCUCCCUCCACCCACAACAUGGACGUUCCCUUCGUUGCCCGCAAGGAGUACCAGCUGCUCGACAUCACCGAUGAUGAGUUCCUCUCCCUGAUGAAGGACGACGGUGACACCAAGGAUGAUGUUAAGCUGCCCGAGGGUGAACUUGGCGAGCGUAUCGUCAAGAUGUUCAAGGAGGAGGAGAAGGACGUCAACGUCAUUAUUCAGACCGCCAUGGGUGAGGAGUGCGCUGUUGAGGCCAAGGAGGCCCCUAAGGGCAACUAA